AUGAACUAUAAGAGUUCUGAUAUAUUGGUAGUAUUUAACCAGCAUCUGUAUUAUGAACCUGUGCAUACAGACAGGCCUGGGGAACUGAUCGCAUACUACAAGAUUGCACGACAUUAUAAUUGGGCACUGGAUCAAUUGUUCUACAAGCAUAAUUUCAGUCGAGUGAUCAUCCUUGAAGAUGAUAUGGAAAUUGCUCUUGAUUUCUUUGACUAUUUUGAGGCUGGAGCUAAACUCCUUGACCGUUACAAAUCCAUUAUGGCGAUAUCGUCAUGGAAUGAUAACGGGCAGAGGCAGUUCGUUCAUGAUCCUUAUGUACUUUAUCGUUCUGAUUUUUUCCCUGGUCUUGGAUGGAUGCUCUCAAGAUCUACAUGGGAUGAACUAGGAAGACAGUUCAUUCGGCCUGAAGUGUGCAGAACAUAUAAUUUUGGGGAACAUGGUUCCAGUAUGGGGCAAUUCUUCAAACAAUACCUUGAGCCUAUCAGACUGAAUGAUGUUCAGGUGUGUAACAAAUCCCAAGCCUUUUAUCAGUUCGGCACUUUGAUGAGGCCGGCCCGGCACCCUGCUGAGUCAGGUGCCGGGCUCGGGAAACAUUCCCGUCAGCCCAUACUGCGUACAAUUCCUCGACUCAGUUCCGUUCUACCCGGUUCACAGGGCCGACCCGUAUCGAUCUGA